UUAGUAGAUGUAAAGGUAAACUAUAAAGUCAUGUGGCUUUUUUCAUAUUAACCCACAAUAUUAGUACACAAGGUUGUAAUCAAAAAUGAAUCAGCUUCAUUUGGAUCUGUCUAGUUUCAUUCACCCAGCAGAGGUCGUCCUGCAGACUGCUCAGCUUUGACUUUCUCCAGACAAUUAACAGCACAGAGGCUAAUUUGCUCAGUGUGACCAGCGGGGGUGGCAGACUUUAAAUCACCAAACCACCUACAAUCUUUUCAUUUGUGGCUUAACGUCACCUGAGCACACUUAAAUGGCUGUCAUCAAUCCGGAGGACGUCUGAAAACGGCCCGGCAGUUUACCGCCAACAGCUACAUGUCAAAGCUUUGGCAAAGUGUGCGCGCCGCCCUGCGCCACGCGGUGAUGGGUGGACCGAGCGGAGCGGGGCGAUAGGGCGCAUUUUUCCCUUCACCGCCGCUUUCUUCUCCCCCCCCUCCCACCCCCCCUCUUCCAGCCCUGGACACACGACGGACGAGGCCGCGGGACCGCUGUGUCUCCCGUUCAAACACGAGGAUUGAUCCAAUGUAUUAUUUACGACCGAAACUUCAGCAACUUAUCCACUGGAUAUGGCUCCCGGUUUGAGGAGUGGGCAAACAGGUCAUCCUGAGGAGGUGAGAGCCGGCGGAGCGGACCCCGCUGCCGCCGGUGCACGCUCGCCUCGAAGGACGGAUACCGGAGGAGAGGGGAGGUGUUUGAGGACCAAGUGGCGAGCCGGUGCAGCGGGGAUGCUUGCAAACUGUCUGCUGUCUGCGGGGAUGCUUUUACUUCUUGUCCGGUGCGCUUUGGCCGCAGAGGAGAAAACCACCUAUGAUGCCUCUGGCUCCUCGUCUUUACCAAGCGACCCCACAGUCAAAGCUGCUCCUGCUCAUCCAUUGGCCGACCUGUCGGUGGCAGAGGAGGUGCCUUUUUCAGUCGUCCACUCAGAUGGUGACUCGGAGUCCGAGGGGGAAGGUUUAUCAGGCCAGCCUGCCUUUUCGUCUGUCUUAACCGUCAUGGCAGGAACUGUCAAACAUCCAGUGAGCCUCGCUCAAGGCAGAACCUCGCCAACUGUCACCAGGGACGAGACCCACACCACCCAAUGGCCUUUACAUAGUUCCAGCCAGGGCUCAGAGAUGUCCUCCUCCUCCUCCUCUUCUGUGGGAGCCAAUGGAAACCACCCCGACAACUCAGGUCUGACUUCUAGCAUGUCUCCCCAACACACCAUACCACCUAAAGCUCUCACCAUGGCAUCUGGGCCAUCACAUGUGUCCUUGAUGGAUAGAAACGGGAAUGUCUCAUCGUUUUCACCAUCUUCUUUAUUGUCAUCGUCACUGUCCUCCUCAACUCCAUCCACUUCCUCUGUGUUACCAUCCUCACUGUCUCUAUUUUCUCUAUUAUCUUCCACUCAGUGGAGCACUAAAGCUGCUUCAUCUCAAGGUCAAAGGAUUGUGUCCAGCUCUGCCCCUCAGAGAGAAACAGCAACAUUAGCACCAGCAGUAUCUCUGGAUUGGACAGAAAGUUUGACUGCUGCACAAUCCACCGCUCACUCAGCUGUUAAUCUACCAGCUGCUACACAGCCAGCACAAAGCACAACAACUGCACCGUCACUCUUUCAUCUCCAUGAAAUAGUGACAAGUGAAACCAGCAUUGAAGAGAGCAAUAAAGUGACAACACACUUAUUUUACCCAUCAACUGAUAAAAUCCAUGGAGUGAGUGGGACACACAUAGGAAGUUUAAGCACAAGAGUGAUCAGAACACCAGCAAACAGCACAUACUCAUCAUAUUCUACUUCAAACAAUGGACUGAUUCUUUUAAAGAUUUCACCUCGAGCCACUCAAGCUCAUAAUCCAGGUAUGAACUUGGAUUCGGCCAAUAAUCGUGAAAUGAGCACCUCAUUUCCCUCCAAUCAAGAGAGUCAAGCUCAAAGGCAGCAGGGAGCUUUACAAAAUCCCACAUCAGCACUGCUGUCUGCUCCUCCUGAAGGCUAUUCUGUUUCUAGUCAUGUCACAGAGCAGAUGCUGUAUCUAACAACAUAUGCAGAGAAUAAAGACAAGACAGGAGUAGGCAGUCAAACUUCGGUUCACAAAAAUAUUGGAGAUGCAAUCAUGUCGCCUCUCCAUUCACAUUUAGUAAAUCCUUCUGCAUCACCAGCUAUGACGUUUAGUCCCACAGGAUCCUUUUUCACACUUUCCUCCAAGAGUCCACCAGGUAAAACAACUCUCUCUGAAACUGCAAUCACAAAACUAACACCUUUCUACUCUGGUAUGGUGUCCUUGGAGCAUGCAUCUAAUCCCGAUGAUUUACUGAUGGCAGCAGGUCACGGCAGCGCCAGAGUUCCUGCCAUCAAUAUAGAUUACAACCAGGAAGAGAUAGCAAGAGCUGAGCUCACAUCUGUUUCCUCUCAAGCUUACCUGAAUAACUCACUUUCACCCACACAGCUGAGGCCGGAGUCCACCACUGGUUCAAUUCUUAGAUUGAUCAGCAGAACAGGAACAAUCUCCUCCUCAUCAGAGUCAGAUUCACUUCAUUUGCAGAGUAAUGAAGUCAUAAAUGUCCAUGAACAAACAGGGUCUCCCAAGAGCAUAACUCAGAAGCGCAAAGGAUGGACGACACCAAAAAUGAUCUUUUCAUCCAACAGUGGGACAGCCUUUCUUUCUAGUUCAGCAUUGCUAGUUGAGUUUACAAAUGAUAUGACCUAUAAAACCAUGCAUGAAAGUCUUUCACACACCACUCGCCCUACAUACUCAUUGCCCUUUUUUCUAAGCCAUGGCCAAAACCACAACAACACUGAUGACAGCAUUGGCCUGUCUGUCAGCAGUGAGGUUAAUUUCUCUGACCAAGCCAAAGCCCCAUUAUCAUCACAAAUGAUCCCCUCACAAAGACCUUUUCAAACAAGAUCUGUGCCUCCUUUUCUAGACAAAUUUUAUACAACAUCAGGUCUAACUCUACCACCUGACAAAUCAGCUGAAGUCUCUGCUCAUAUCAUAAAAUCAGAGAUAGGAAAUCACAGCAUAUCUUCGACUGUCGAGGGUAAAAUGAGUGCAGGUAACAUUAAAAUAUCAACAGUCUCCAAUGAUCACAGGACACACGAAAACAGGCCCGCUGAGAAUUUACACAGAUAUACUGCAAAUAGGUCAGUGGCUCCUUUAUUUAAUGGAAAUGAAGAUUCUACUUUGAUCAGAGGUGCUGCAUUUUACAAAAAGGGUGUUCCAUCAGGGCAGUUUCUAUCUUUCAUGACUCCAAAAGAUGUUUUUAUGCUAAAUAAAGGCUCUGACAGUUCUAGCAAAGUAUCAUUCACUAAAAUCCCCUUUUCCCUAGAAAUGUUUGAUGCUGCAUUAGAAACUAGUCUGUCUCAUAAAGAUGAUGGGACACUCAUGGGCCAUAAUGAGCAGCCUUCUCCUUCGUCUUGGUCAGAAAUCAUCCUAACACCGAGGACAAACUCUUCCUCUCGCUCUCAGGGACUAAUCACCAGUGUUAGCAGUGAUAAAUCUCCUUUUUAUUUAGGCAGACAAACAACCAUGCCCUCCACUGCUUCCUCUGCAGCAACUGCUACUUCCAAUGAAAAGACGUUUAGGGCUAUUUACAGUUUUGGCACAAAACUAAUGGCACCAUAUACAAAGUGGAAAGCCACCAAGCCUGAACCUUUUCAAAACAGUGCCUUUGAAUCAGAAAAUACAUCUACUGGCUUUGAUAGGGGAAAUUCUAAUAUACAAGCAGAUGGACCAUCAUAUGAGCAUCCAAUGCUAGAAAAUGGACAACAGCCUAAUAUGCAUGUAUUGAAUUCAACUGAUCCAACUGUAGUCGCCAGUGAUCCAUAUUCAUUUCAUCCAUUGGAGACAGAGCACUUUGGUGGAGAAUAUUCCUCUUUAAUAUAUGUUAAAAGCACUUCAAAAUCUAAAGAACAGAGUCUGGAUUCGUCCCCAGCUGAUCUCAGUUCUGCUCCGGCUGUCAGUGUGUCUCAACGAGUCACCGUAAACACUCCUGCUCCAUCAGCUUGGGGUUCAAAUGGUUUUCUGCCCCUCUCACACACAAGUAGCGACUCUGUAAAAUCUUCACAAGCCACCACUUUUGCGUUGGUGUAUAAAAACAAGCUGAGCUCCCCUUUAGCAGCUGUUGACUUUCCCAAAUCUGUAUUUGAUACAGCUGUCACACUUCCAAACAAUCCCUCACACACUUUUUCUGAUACUGACCACACAGUUGAUUUAAAAUGGAAUAGGUUCAUCUCACCAACAGAGCUAAUGCCAUCAUCCUCUUCAUCAGAGACUUCACCGCCAUCAUUUAGUGGUAUCACAGCUUCUCAGUUGCAAAUGAACCCCACCACUUCACUUUUGUCUAAAGCUUCAUCAUCAUUGAUGUCUUCAUCAUCACUGUCAUCAUCAAAGGUAAAUUUAGCUGGUGUAACACAGUCAACGAAACCAGCAAUGCAUCCAGGCCCUGUAUUAUUAUCUGUCACCCCGUCACCCAACCUGACCUCAUCCAUAGAUUCUGAUCACUCACAGGAAGUGACGUUUUUUGUCCUUACAGAGGCAGAGCGGGAUGAGUUAACUGCUGGAUCAGCCAGAGUAGUUGCACCUAGUUUCCCCAAAGAAAAAGAUGCCAGUCUAGCCCCCUCUCAAUCAGCCAGAACUACUCUUUCUGCUGGGCCCACCGAGAGGACAUCUCAGGUAUCACCUCUGAUCCCUCGACAGGACACCACAACAGCCUCUGCGAAGCUUACCACCCCAACUCUAGCUUCAGCCACCAAAUCUAAAAACCCCAUCACUACCAUCCCUUCCCUAAGAGUCACCACCGGAACCACGCAGUCGACCACCACAACCACACCACAGCCUGCACCUGUGACCAGGAAAACAACUACCACCACAACCGUCAGGGCUCCAAUUAGCAGGCGAACAUUCACGCCACCUGUCCCGAGGACAACCCUGCCCAGAGGGGCCACCACCAUCUUCAUCUCCCCUUUCACCACCACCACGGAAGCUCCACCACAGCAGUGCAACAUUACAGAGAGAAUGUGGGUGCGAACAGUUGUCUCCAUCUAUGUGAGAAGGAACAGGCUGGACAGCAUCCAGAGGCAGAAUCUGCGCAGGGGACUAAGUCAAGGCCUCCGAAAAGCUCUGAAUGAUAGUUCAGCCCAGGCACAGGUGGAGACUGUUUUUGGUUCUCCUAACAUGACGGUGGCUUAUCAUGUGACUGGAGCAGACAUGGUUUACCCCCCCUCUGUAGUGCUGGAUGGCUUGGACUCCUAUGGCCGUGAUAAGCUGAUUGCAGACCUGCGACAGUACCUCCCCAUGGUAACAGCCCUGCCCCUCCCAGUUGCAUUAUGGAGACCCAGCCCAGCCACUGGCUUCCAGCUGAAAACAGUUCUGCAGUUUGUGGGAGCAGGUGAUGAUCCGCGGUCCUGUCGGUUCUCUCAAAUGAUGGAGCAGAGGCUUGAGAAGGUGUUUACUGCUGCACAGGCCAAAGUGCUCAACACCAACAACAGACUCUCUGCUCAGAUGCUGAGUGUCUCCCAGGCAGCAGGCUCUCCUGCUGUAUCGUUGGUCUACACUGUGAGGAAUGGGACUGUCUUCCUUAAUGGCACCACUGCCUCAAACCUCCUUGGUCAGCUGUCAGCGGAGCUGGUGGGCUACUUCCUCUUCUAUCCACCACUUGUCAUUGCUGAGCCACUGGAGUAUCACAAUCUUAACACCUCCGUCGCUACCAGAGACUUCUGGGUUAUCACAGUGAUCCAGGAUGUGGACAAUGCCAGCCUGGAGGGACAAUACCAAAGCUUUGCCAGUCUAAUGGAGCAGCGGCUGGCAGAGUUGUUUGUGUUGGCAGGACAGCAGGGCACUCGUUUCAGACGAGCUACCACCGUAGGCAGCUACACUGUCCAGAUGGUGAAUAUCCGUAGGGUGUCAGGGUUGAAGAAUCCAGCAGAGAUGACUUACUACGUCCAGCACAAUGGUGUUCCUUUAGCGGGCACAUCAGCAGCUAAGGUCCUGAACACAGUGGAUUCUCAGACCAUGGCGCUCACACUGGGCUACUUUGUCCAGCUGCAAGCAGAACCUGUGGUCAAAAACCCUCCUAAUAACCUUUGGAUAAUCGCUGCAGUGUUGGCCCCCAUCGCUGUAGUAACACUCAUUAUCAUCAUCAUCACAGCUGUGCUGUGCAGGAAGAACAAAAAUGACUUUAAAGCUGAUGCCAUCGGCAACCUCAAUCCACGAGCAAAGAUGGCGUAUCGCAGAGAUGUGGGCUAUUAUCAUCAGCCAGUCCAGGGUUUUGACUAUGCCAAGCAGCACCUGGGCCAACAGGGAGGAGAUGAGGAGACCCUUCCUGCCAGUCAAGAUACCUUAGUGAUGUCCCUACAAAUCCGGGACACACCACUCUCACUGGAGAAGACCCUGCAACAGGAUGGCACUGCCAACAAGAAGAGCCUCACUGUUGACAAACACAAAAGCAAGUUGCUGAGUGAGGACGGUUCCGUCAUCAGCAACGAAUCAGAGAGGCUGAAUUCCGGCAGGGGCUUGACAGUGCCGAAAGUCACAGCGCAGCAGAAACUGACAAAGGAGGAGACGCGCAAGAGGGACGAUCCAUAUGACACCUCCUCUGGCUCCCUGCAGCUCAUUUCCAUAAAGCCCAUGGCAGCUCAGCCCAACUACUCACACCCUACAUCCUCUGACCGCAGCCAAGACUCAGCUGUCGUCAAUGGAGAGGUGAGCCUGGCUCUGAAGCAGAAGUCAGACAUCGAGCACUACAGGAACAAGCUGAGGCUGAAGGCAAAGAGGAAGGGCUAUUAUGACUUUCCCUCCACAGACGGCAGCAGCAGCGGUCGGGCCCUGGCGCAGAGACAGCGGCAAGGCCAUGAGAGGGCAGCCGGUGAGCAUGGCAGACCAAUGGAGCCUGAUGAUGAGCGAGGUUCCACUUAUGUCAAGUCUCACAGGAGGCACUCCCAGGUAGGGCAGACAGCGUAUCGCAGCAGACAGAGCCUGAGCAGUCCGAGUCCUGGAGGAACAGAGAUGGACCUGCUUGUGAUGAGGGAGAGACCCAGGAGAGGCAUCCGCAACAGCGGCUAUGAUACUGAACCUGAGUUGAUUGAGGAGACGAAUGUUGACCGUUUAAUGGGUCAGCGGGGAUACAUGUAUGGCCGGGGUUUGAAAGGCCACUCAGAGACAUCUACUCUGAGCUCACAGCCGUCCAUUGAUGAAGUGCGACAACAGAUGCACCUGCUGCUGGAGGAGGCAUUCAGCCUGGCUUCAGGGGGGCAGUCCACAUCCGGAAGGCACUCCCACCACCACCACCACCCACCUCCUGACCACCAUAGCCCCGCACCGCCUCCCCUCCCCUACGCAGAUGUAGUGACCAGCGCUCCGGGCACAAUGAGCUGUGGACGGGGAAGACUGCAGUGGGUACCAUCUUAUGGCGCAGAAGUGUAUCAGUGCAGUCUGCCCAAACCAGCUUUUCGUUUCACCCAGCUCCCUGACAUGGCAAUGAGCUCUCCUCCCCCUUUACCACCUCGCACUGGACCCCCUCCUGGGACCUCCUUAAGACGUUCCACUUCUGACUUGGGGCCUAAGGGAAGGAGCUCUGAGACAUCUGUCACUGAAAUGCAGAGUCAACAUGACAACAACCCAUAUGGGCCAACCGCUAGAGCAGCACUUCCAUCUAUCACUGCAGAGCAGCCUGUGUCCAACUACUCAGGAAACCCAAUAACAGCCGUCUACGCCAUCCCAGCCACCAGGCCUGGCUACUCAGAAUAUUUUGUCUCCACACCAACCACCUCCUACCACAGUCCCUCCUGGAUGUCCUAUCCACCUGAACCUGAGGAUGUGCCGCCACAGUGGGCAGACUCUGUGCCCCUGCCGGGGUAUGUAGAGGCUUUUCCUCAUCCUCGCUACCCACAGGGGAGCCCCACCAGGCUCCCCCUGCAGUAUAACCAGGCACUGGAGCAGCCACCCACUGCCCCAAGCACAGCAUCUCAGAAAAGCCUGCCCCAGGUGGUCAAGGACAUGGACAGCAUGCCUCUGAGCAGCCUCUCCACCUCUGCACUCGUGCAGGCUAUCCGGCAGGAGGUGGCCAAGCUGGCGAAGAAGCAGAACGACAUGUUUGAGUUCUAGUUUUAAUUCUGCCCCCUUGUGUGCAGGAGAUUGUCAGUCGUGUGUUGGUCUUCAACAGAGGCACACCAAGGUGGUACACUUUCAGACUGAUUUUUGAUGUUUGUACUGUUAAAUGGACUGAUCUUCUUUGCCCAUUGAUUGAUUCAUUUCUUUUCACACACCAUUAGUGUUUUUUCUGCUCCUCUCUUAGAGGAACAGAAAAUUAUAGUUUUUUUGCAAAAGAAAGUAUUGCCAUCCUCUACUGAUGAUGUCCCAAGUAACUACACACAUCUCUUCUUUGUAGAUAUGUCAAUAGGAUAUGCUAAAUAUGGAAAAGAUAAUUUUUUCCAGGAUUAGACAUUUUUGUUCAGUUGAGACAAGAGGAAAGGUAGCAUUAUUGUCUGUACUGAGAGGACCAAAUACUUCCUGUCAGAUGGUUAAUUAUAGACGACAGUGUAUAUGAGCAUGUACAGUAUAGGACAUUAUGUAUUUUAUCUCUUUUUAUAGGCCAUCGGGUUCAAGAAGAUUGGCAACAUCAAUAUCUGUUCAUUUGAGCGUCAGGUUAUCAUUUCCAACAGCUUCAUCACACACCAGGAAUUCUUCACUGUGUGUUUCAUUAACACCAAGACAAUAACAACAAAAACUGACUGUCCUACUAUUGGUGGUCUAAUAAUUUUGAGAACUGCAAUCUUUUUUAUUUUGCUGUGAUGAAUUUUUAUUAUAUAUAUAUAUAUAUAUAUAUAUAUGUUUAUAU